AUGGAUAGGAUGUUCUCAGUGGAGGAAAUGUCUGACCAGCUGUGGUCUUCUUCAGCACCACCAGUCAAUGAAGCAGACGACGAUUUGUCCAAAAUGAACCGAAGCGCAUCGGAGUGGGCCUUCCAGCGGUUUCUCCUAGAAGCCUCUCCCUACUCACCAUCACCCUCACCACCACAGCCACCUCCACCUCCACCUCCACCUCCUUCUUCUUCUUCAACUCACCAUGACCACAACGACGUCGCAGAGAUCAAGAUGAUCAAUGCCCACCACCCCAAUCCCGCUCCCGCUCCCACUCACGCCCCUAACAACAACAACAACAACAACAACAACAGCAGCAGCAGCAACAACAGCAACAACUAUAAUAGCAACAAUACGCCGUCGUUUAGCCUGCAACCACCUAAUGUUCCCGUUGAUUCCGAAGAGUACCAGGCCUUUCUCAAGACCAAGCUCAAUCUCGCCUGCGCUGCUGUGGCCUUGUCUCGCGUGAAGGGAUCUUUGGCGGACAGUCAAGAUUCUGCUGCUUUAGCUGGCAGUGGAUCACAGGCUUCCAAUACUUCACAUUUGGGAUCUCAAGCCCCUUCUAAAGGAGCUGGGUAUGAUUUAUCCAGGCCGCAUGAUAAGAAUGCUAAUGCACCAGUUGGCAUUCCUUCAUUACCUGCAACACAACAUAGAUCUGCAGUUCCCGUGAGGCAAGCAACUAGUGGAUCAUCAAGAGAACUGUCAGAUGAUGAGGACAUUGAAGGAGAAACUGCAAUGACUGAGAAUAUGGACCCUGCUGAUGUGAAACGUGUGAGGAGAAUGCUCUCUAAUAGAGAGUCAGCUAGACGCUCAAGAAGAAGAAAGCAGGCGCAUUUGAGUGAGCUUGAGGCACAGGCAUCUCAAUUAAGAGUUGAGAACUCCUCUCUAUUGAAGCGUCUGACUGAUGCAGACCGAAAGUACAAUGAAGCAGCUGUUGACAAUAGAGUUUUAAAAGCUGAUAUUGAAACAUUGAGAGCAAAGGUAAAGAUGGCUGAGGAGACAGUGAAAAGAAUUACUGGGUUGAGCAUGUUCCAUGCCAUGUCAGAGAUUUCCUCCACUGGCAUGCCACCAUUUGAUGGAAGCCCUUCAGAGACAUCAACAGAUGCUGCUGUCCCAGUGCAACAUGACCCAAAUCAUCACUUUUUCCAACCUGCUUCUGAUAACCCUACACCCACUCAUGACCUGAGAGUCAAGCAUGAUUCUGCAGACAUCCCUUCGGUUGAAAAUGUGCAGCAGAAUUCUGCAGCUACAUCAGCAGAUGCCGUGGGGAACAAGAUGGGGCGAACACCUUCCCUACAGCGAGUAGCUAGCUUAGAGCAUCUGCAGAAGCGGAUUAGGGGUGGAAAUCCUUCUGGUCCUCAUUCCAAUGGAGAGCAGUAG